CUGCUUUGGGAAGGUUUUGAGCUGUUGAACAGGUGGGACUGAGAGCAGGGAAGGCAUCUGGCUUUGGGCUCUUGUGUGAUUUUGUUAGUGCAAGGACACUGACUACUUUUUGGCUUAUCCCUGUUGUUCAGUCCAGGUACAUCAGCCUCCAAGAAAAGGAGAAGUCUGAAGGCAGCAUCCUCCCCAGCAAGUUUUGUUCUAGGCGUCAGUCUGCCCGACGUCCACUGUGGAACUGGUGCCUGUGAAGAAUGAUGAUGAGAGCUGCUGGGACUGCUUUCUCGAGGAAGAGCUGCAGGCUGAGCCUUGGGCCAGAGAAGUCCCAGCUCACAGGGAUGGGCCUGCACAGGCUACGUAGAAGACGGACCACUGUGGAUCUGGAUCGGGCUCUGCCUGUAGCCGAUGGCCACCCGACUGCUCAGCCGGAUCUUGUCUGGGAGCCUCAGGGCAACCCCACAGACGUGGCUGGACGCAAUGGAUAUCCAGCUUCCCAGCCGGGUUCCAGGGCUGACGCGCAGGGAGAUCGCACGGAUGUGGGUACAGGGAGGGCUUUUCCAGCUUCUCGUCUGGGUCCUGCGCUGGAGCUCACCUGGCAUCCCAGGGGUCCUCAAAGAGCAAAGUAUAAAGCUAAAGCUGAAAUAGGAGAAUCUUCCCAGCGGUCACCAGAAGUCCUAAAGGAAAUCCUGGAGGAAUUGGACAAAGCAGCACGUGAGAUGGACCGCGAGACUGUGGAGAAGGAGGCGUUUCAGGAAGGAGAUAGUCACGCAGCGCCAGUCUCUGAUGAAAAAACAGGGGCAAUUCAAUCAACAGGCGUGCCAGUGGCAGUGCUGUCCAGCCCUGGAGAAGCCCACCACGCCAGGAGAUAUGAAUUUUCUCCAAAGAAUGCAGGUAAUUAGCAGUCUUGCAGAGGGCCAUAAGGGGAAGACAAGUCCU